AGCAGCAUCAACAACAGCAGUAGUAGCAGCAGUACAACAGCGGUAGUAGUAGCAACAGCAGUAGUGACAGCAGCAGUAGAGAAGUGGUAAGCGGCGGGAGUAAAGGGACAGACACAACAAACAAAGCGAGAGAGAGAGAGAAAGAAAGAAAGGAGAGAGAAGAGCAGAGAAGUGGUUCAAAAUUAACAGAAAAAAGAAAAAAGAAAGCAAAGAGAGAGCGAGGAUGCAACAUCAUCAGAUGACUAUGCAACAACAGCCGCCACCGCCACCGCCGCCGCCGCUUCCACCGCCGCUACAGCAGCAACAACAACAGCAGCAGCAGCGCUAUGCCCCUCAGGGCCCGCCACCAAUGCGGUCAUUUUCGCCAUCAGGAUAUCCACCCCAAUUCAUUCAAGCUUCGUAUCGGCAGGAGCGGUUCCGCCAGCCCAAUUUCCACAAGAACUCAAUGGAAAAGGAUGGUGGCGUUAUCAAUCAUCCGAAGUUGGCCGUAUUGCAGAUUGAGAAGGGACCACGAGCCCCAUACCCUGGACCGCAGAUGGGCAGUGGUGGGCCUCCACCACCACCAAUGGGGAUGAGAGCCGGUGGACCAGGUGUUCCUCCACAUGGUUAUCCAGCUUCAAGUCCCACCUAUAUGACAUUGGUGAUGCGAAAAAGGGGAAAAGCCUCUAGUAGUACUUGCUCCUCUUCCUCCUCCUCUUCUUCCUCUUCUUCCUCCUCUUCUACAUCUCACAAGACUUCAACCAAUAGCAAGACCCGAGAGUCUGGAACCUCAAAAAGAGAGCUAAAGAAGAGAGAAAGGAGUAGAGAGAAAACAAAGAGGGUCAGGAAAGAGAAGUUGAAGAAAAGUGUCCAAUCCCGACAGUCUCACUCCAAUGUGAAUGGUAUGCCUCGAACAGGAAUCUCACCUGGAAUGCCGCCUCCUGGCAUGCAGGGGCCUCUGGAUCGGAAGCGGGCAGCGAAUGAAGCAAGAGCACCUCAGCAAAUCUCUAAACCUAAAAAGAAAAAGAAGAUAGCAGAUAAAAUUCUACCUCAGAAAGUUCGUGAUUUGGUCCCUGAAUCUCAAGCGUACAUGGACUUGUUAGCAUUCGAACGGAAAUUAGAUGCCACUAUUAUGAGAAAGAGGCUUGAUAUUCAAGAAGCUCUGAAGAGACCAAUGAAGCAAAAACGAAAGCUACGGAUAUUUAUCUCCAAUACUUUUACUCCUGGGAAACCAGAAGGUGAGGAUGGUGAGGAGUCAGUGUCAUCAUGGGAAUUACGUGUAGAAGGACGCCUUUUAGAUGAUGCUGCAAGUUCCAAGCUUAGCGAUGCUAACAAAGUGAAACGAAAAUUCUCGUCUUUUUUCAAAAGUCUUGUAAUUGAACUUGACAAAGAUCUGUAUGGACCUGACAACCAUCUGGUUGAGUGGCAUCGUACGCCCAACACUCAAGAGACGGAUGGAUUUCAAGUGAAGAGGCCAGGUGAUAACAACGUUAAGUGUACUGUUCUUCUAAUGCUUGAUUAUCAGCCAAUGCAAUUCAAACUUGAUCAAAGACUGGCUCGUCUCCUUGGAAUGCACACACAGACUCGCCCUGUCAUCAUCAAUGCUCUCUGGCAGUACAUCAAGACACACAAGUUACAAGACCCACAUGAAAGAGAGUACAUUAACUGUGACCGAUAUCUCGAGCAGAUAUUUGAAUGCAAGAGAAUGAAGUUUGCUGAGAUUCCUUCCAAACUACACCCUCUUCUUAUGGCACCGGACCCUAUUGUGAUAAACCACAUUAUUGUCGGACCUUCAGUGUAUAACCGUGACCGGAAAAGUGUUGACAGGAUGGAUGGACCUGAUGCCAAAAAAACUGCUUGUUAUGAUAUAGAUGUGGAAGUGGACGACACAUUAAAACAACAGAUGAAUUCUUUCUUGUUAUCUACGCAAAGUCAACAAGAAAUUGCUACCCUGGAUAAUAAGAUUCAUGAAACAGUUGAAACUAUAAACCAACUGAAGAUAAAUAGAGAAUUCUUCCUCAGUUUUGCUAAAGAUCCAUUAGAGUUUAUCAACAAUUGGUUAAUAUCUCAAACCAGAGAUCUAAAGACUAUGACAGAUAUUGUUGGCAACCCUGAAGAAGAGAGACGAGCUGAUUAUUACUAUCAGCCUUGGGUACAGGAAGCAGUAUGUCGCUACUUCUAUGGAAAGGUCCAACAAAGGAGACUAGAACUUGAACAGGCACUUGGUAUCAGGAACGCAUAACAAAUGUCAUCUCCAUAGCAACUGUAUUGAGCCUGUCACCAUUGGCAGCUCUCCUCUUCAACUGAUGUCCAGACCAAUGCAGUUGAUCACAUGACCAUUUUUAUACUGUAGAAAAUCAUUCCACAUUUUUCAGAGAAUAAACUGUCAUUAUUAUAUCACAUUUUCAAUGG